UAUGUAUAUAUAUGUAAAAGUCCAACAGGGUAUUAUACCUCUACCUUAUACGUGUUAUUGUAUAUUAACUUUUUCCUAGACGUGGUUGUCGAUUCCUUCGCAGCUGUGGAUGUUAAGUGUUGUUUUAUGUAUUUCCCUUGUCUGAGGGUCGGUAAAACAGUCUGGUGACCUCAACUUAGUGUGACAUGGAGUUAUGACUGUGGUGAAAAGGGUACAGGAGUCACAAAGGACCCUGUACACCCAUGUCUGAGCCCUGCACUGAGUCCACACAGGUGGUGGCUCAGGGAAGCUAGUCCAGGUGCGGCAGAUUUGUGAAGGGUCUGGGAUUUGUGAUUGUAACUUUUUAUAUAUAAAAUAUGACUUGAAUAGAUAGCUGACAUGAACAAGCUUGGCUUUAAGACUUACAUUUCCAUAUUAAGGUCUUGCUUAAGCCAGCGCAUUUUAUUUUGACUUUUUUUUUUUAUAGCAGGAAAAUGUGCAUUUCUUCUUGAAGUGCUCUCCUUCUUUUGCAUUACAGGUGUUGCCAAGGCUUCCUUCACCACGAUGUUCUCGCAGAGCAAUACGACCCUUCGCCAGGUGGGAGAGGAAGAGCUGGACAUUCUGAAAGAGAGACUGGCCUGCCACCUGCCUCACUCCCUCAUUGUGUAUGGCAGCGUGAGUCUGGCGUCGCACUACGGCAUUCACUACCUUCAUCCUACCUCCAUCCUGGUGCCUGCCGACCCCUGUCCUUCCUGUCUCACCAUCACUGCCUUGAUCUCCAAGGGUGUACAGUGCAUUGGGGUGUUCUGGAGUCCUGCAGAGCACACUGCCUUAGAUGUAGCCCGCUUUCUCUUUCACAUCCCUGACUUGAACCGCAGUCAGCCAGUGCUUUUGAUGGGCUGCGCUAGCAUCCUGCAGCUAUCAUCACUGGGCAUCGUUGGUGGGCAGCGAUUGCACGUUCAGGUAAAGUUCCAAGGACAUAUAUACAACCUCGAGACACCAGCAAUACUGGACAUUAAGCUGUCUCCACAAUAUUACAUGAGCAGCCUGAAGGAAGAAGAUGCAUUAAUGGUCUGGACACACUGGAAGGCCAAUUACUUUGACACAGAGGAUGGUAUAAGACAUGACAUUGCCCAUCUCCCAUCCGUUAGUAUUCGUAAACGCAGCCCUACAGACAGUGUUGAGUCACUGCAGAAGGAGGCAGGAGAGAAUUUAGUGUCGUGGAUUCGCACGACCAAAAACGGUUGGAUGGGUAACACUUUCACGCAACUGCAGCAUCGUCGAAAGGGCCUGGCAAGCAAAGCCACCCUGGCCUUGGCACACCAGCUGCUGCAGAAAGGUCUCCUGGCUUAUGUUGUAAUUGAAAACAAUAACACUGCUUCCAUGAAAUUCCACGAUGCCCUGGGUUUCAAGUGGCAGUGUGCCUUUUGCACACUUGAGCUACUUCCUGUUGACAAGAACAUCUAGACCAAUGGUUCAUAAAAUGAUCCUUAGUCACACUUCUUUUUUUGUUUCUAACAGACUCCUAAGUCCCCCUUUACCCCACCCUCACUUCAUGUGUUUAUGUAAAGUUAUAUAUUUUCAUAAUCUAUAUUAUGAAUGUUUAGUAAAACAAAGAUCUUGCUUGGAUUAAGUCUACCACUAAUAGGGUACCCAGCCCUACAUUUUUAAUAACGUCUUCAAUACAUAAAUACUUCACUUUGUUAUUUAUUGAUUUUUAAAACAAUUGGUCCUAAUUCAGUGUUCAAAUUUAGAGAGCAUUCCUGUAAUACUAGGAGUAAUAAUGCAAAUUUAUCCUUACCUGUAUUCAGGACUAAACUAUCAAAAAAUAGUGUUAUAAAUUUUGGUUCAGAAUUUUUCAAUAGUCUCCCUCAGGAUAUAAAAAUCUUGCGUAGAGGAAGUAAUUUAAUUAAAUUUUAAAAAUAUAUAAUAAUUAUAUAAAGUUAUCUUUUUUUUUUUUUAUGUAGGAAGGACACUGGCCAAGGGCAACAAAAAUCUAAUAAAAAAAAUGCCCACUAAAAUGCCAGUCCCAUAAAAGGGUCAAAGCAGUGGUCAAAAAUUGGUGGAUAAGUGUCUUGAAACCUCCCUCUUGAAGGAAUUCAAGUCAUAGGAAGGUGGAAAUACAGAAGCAGGAAGAGAGUUCCAGAGUUUACCAGAGAAAGGGAUGAAUGAUUGAGAAUACUGGUUAACUCUUGCGUUAGAGAGGUGGACAGAAUAGGGGUGAGAGAAAGAAGAAAGUCUUGUGCAGCGAGGCCGCGGAAGGAGGGGAGGCAUGCAGUUAGCAAGAUCAAAAGAGCAGUAAGCAUGAAAAUAGCGUUAGGAGACAGCUAGAUAUGCAACAUUACGGCGGUGAGAGAGAGGCUGAAGACAGUCAGUUAGAGGAGAGGAGUUGAUGAGACGAAAAGCUUUUGAUUCCACCCUGUCUAGAAGAGCAGUACGAGUGGAACCCCCCCAGACAUGUUAAGCAUAUUCAAUACAUGGACGGAUAAGGCCCUUGUACAGAGUUAGCAGCUGAGGGGGUGAGAAAAACUGGCGGAGACGUCUCAGAACACCUAACUUCAUAGAAGCUGUUUUAGCUAGAGAUGAAAUGUGAAGUUUCCAGUUCAGAUUAUAAGUAAAGGACAGACCGAGGAUGUUCAGUGUAGAAGAGGGGGACAGUUGAGUGUCAUUGAAGAAGGAAGGUUGUGUCGAGUUGAUAGAUGGAGGAAUUGAGUUUUUCAGGCAUUGAACAAUACCAAGUUUGCUCUGCCCCAAUCAGAAAUUUUAGAAAGAUCAGAAGUCAGGCGUUCUGUGGCUUCCCUGCGUGACAUGUUUACCUCCUGAAGGGUUGGACGUCUAUGAAAAGACGUGGAAAAGUGCAGGGUGGUAUCAUCAGCGUAGGAGUGGAUAGGACAAGAAGUUUGGUUUAGAAGAUCAUUAAUGAAUAAUAAGAAGAGAGUGGGUGACAGGACAGAACCCUGAGGAACACCACUGUUAAUAGAUUUAGGAGAAGAACAGUGACCGUCUACCACAGCAGCAAUAAAACGGUCAGAAAGGAAACUUGAGAUGAAGUUACAGAGAGAAGGAUAGAAACCGUAAGAGGUUAGUUUGGAAAUCAAAGCUUUGUGCCAGACUCUAUCAAAGGCUUUUGAUAUGUCCAAGGCAACAGCCCAACAGCAAAAGUUUCACCAAAAUCUCUAAAAUGACCACCUCUAAGGAUGACCAAGACUCAGUAAGGAAAGCCAGAAGAUCACCAGUAGAGCGGCCUUGACGGAACCCAUACUGGCAAUCAGAUAGAAGGUUGUGAAGUGAUAGAUGUUUAAGAAUCUUCCUGUUGAGGAUAGAUUCAAAAACUUUAGAUAAGCAGGAAAUUAAAGCAAUAGGACGGUAGUUUGAGGGAUUAGAGCGGUCACCCUUUUUAGGAACAGGUUGAAUGUAGGCAAACUUCCAGCAAGAAGGAAAGGUAGAUGUUGACAGACAGAGCUGAAAGAGUUUCACUAGGCAAGGUGCAAGCACGGAGGCACAGUUUCGGAGAACAAUAGGAGGGACCCCAUCAAGUCCAUAAGCCUUCCGAGGAUUUAGGCCAGCGAGGGCAUGGAAAACAUCAUUGCGAAGAAUUUUAAUAGGUGGCAUGAAGUAGUCAGAGGGUGGAGGAGAGGGAGGAACAAGCCCAGAAUCGUCCAAGGUAGCGUUUUUAGCAAAGGUUUGAGCAAAGAGUUCAGCUUUAGAAAUAGAUGUGAUAGCAGUGGUGCCAUCUGGUUGAAGAAGAGAUAUUUUUGGCUAGAUGCCAGAAAUCACGAGGGGAGUUAGAUCUUGAAAGGUUUUGACAUUUUCUGUUAAUGAAGGAGUUUUUGGCUAGUUGGAGAACAGACUUGGCAUGGUUCCGGGCAGAAAUAUAAAGUGCAUGAGAUUCUGGUGAUGGAAGGCUUAAGUACCUUUUGUGGGCCACCUCUCUAUCAUGUACAGUAUAGCACGAGAACAAGCUGUGUUAAACCAAGGUUUAGAAGGUUUAGGACGAGAAAAAGAGUGAGGAAUGUACGCCUCCAUGCCAGACACUAUCACCUCUGUUAUGCGCUCAGCACACAAAGACGGGUCUCUGACACCGAAGCAGUAGUCAUUCCAAGGAAAAUCAGCAAAAUAUAUCCUCAGGUCCCCCCAACUAGCAGAGGCAAAACGCCAGAAGCACCUUCGCUUAGGGAGAUCCUGAGGAGGGAUUGGAGCGAUAGGACAAGAUAAAGAUAUGAGAUUGUGAUCGGAGGAGCCCAACGGAGAAGAAAGGGUGACUGACAGCAUAAGCAGAAGGAUUAGAGGUCAGGAAAAGAUCAAGAAUGUUGGGCGUAUCUCCAAGACGGUCAGAAAUACGAGUAGGUUGUUGCACCAAUUGCUCUAGGUCAUGGAGGAUAGCAAAGUUGUAGGCUAGUUCACCAGGAUGGUCAGUGAAGGGAGAGGAAAGCCAAAGCUGGUGGUGAACAUUGAAGUCUCCAAGAAUGGAGAUCUCUGCAAAAGGGAAGAGGGUCAGAAUGUGCUCCACUUUGGAAGUUAAGUAGUCAAAGAAUUUCUUAUAGUC